UUGAUUGCAGGUAUAAUGCAAUGUCUGUGCAGUCACCCGAUGCAAGAGUUAUUGAUGCCUCUUCUCUUCUGCCCUUCUAGGCAGUGUGAUGUGAACUUCCUCAUUCUCAAAGCAGCACUGAUGUGUCUUGUUCUCCUUCUUUCUUCUCUUUGCCUUUCCCAUGCAGUCCAAGUAUCAGCAGUAGAGGUCAACACCCCGGAGGAGAUGUUUGUGGAGAACGGGACGGACGCAAAGCUCCCGUGCACGUUCACAUCCGUAGAAGUGAUCAGCAGUGCAGCGUCUGUCUCCUGGAGCUUUCAACCAGAGGGAGCAGCCACUCGUAUCUCAUUUUUCUAUUACUCUAAUGGGAAGUCAUACCCUGGAAAAGACAUACCAUUUAAAGACAGGAUCACUUGGGCUGGAGAUCUUAACAAGAAAGAUGCUUCUAUCACAAUAUCAAACAUGCAGUUCCGGGACAACGGCACGUACAUUUGUGAUGUCAAGAACCCACCUGACAUUGUUGUCAAACCAGGAGAAAUCCGAGUUAGAGUUGUGGAGAAAGACAGCCUGCCUGCGUUCCCCAUUGCCACCGUGGCAGGGAUAGCCAUCGGUACGGUUACAGGUCUCUCAUCGCUCAUCUCUAUUAUCGUGUGUCUUGUCAUCAGAAAGAACAACUCUAAAAAACGAUACUCUGGCUGCAGUACCUCUGAGAGCUUGAUGUCUCCGGUUAAGCAAGCUCCGCAGAAGGCGCCCUCCGACACAGAGGGCCUGGUAAACAGCGUGCCCGCCAGAUCACACCAGGGCCCAGUCAUUUACGCGCAGUUAGAUCACUCCGGGGGACAGCACAGCGACAAGAUCAACAAGUCAGAGUCUGUGGUCUACGCCGACAUUCGGAAGAACUGAGAUCCUCAGCUAUCCAAAGGACAACACACAUUCAGACUGGAAUUGCUUGAGCAAGAUUUGACCCAGAGAACUCACAUGUGGCCUUUGAUGCCUAGGCUAGGACCAAUGCAUGUGCAUACAGAGGGAGAGAUAUAUAUGUAUUGUGUGUAAAUAGUCUAUUUAAUCGUACAGAAGUGAGACCAAUGUUGCAUGUUGAAAUGCGGUAAGAAUUUUGCUUAUAAAUUGCCAAUAUUCUUUUUUUUUUUUUUUUUUUUGUAUCUUGUGUGACGAGAGAGAAAGUGAAAACUCGCAUCACAAUUUUAAAAUAUUUUUAUCUUGAUUAUUAAUGGAGAAACUGGAAGAUGCCUGAAGAUUCUAGGUUGACCUGGAGAUUCUUUUUUCUUUGCUUAUAGGGCCUAAUUUCUUUUGUUGAGGUGACUAUAAAGAAGAAAUCUUCUUUAUAUUCAUAAUUCUUUAUGUAUACAGGGUAUUUAUCUUUCCUUGGUCAGAUUCUCAGUACAGGCUGCCUUCUCGUGUAAACUAGACCCUCUCACUUGGUCUUGUAAGCCAAAUUGUGACUCCUAGCUAUCAGAAAUGUAUGUCUUAGCAGUGUGAGUGAAGGAAACCUUUAGGCCUACCUGACCUGUAUAACGUGGGUCACAAAACUGUUUACUUCUCAAUGAGCCCAGCUAUUCAAGCUUAGUCCUUAAGGGGCAGGGAUAGUGUUGAUCUAAUGAAUUUUGUGAAAUGGUAGUUUACCUGUGAAAACUAAGGACAUGGUGAGUUAAAGGUAUAGGAAGCUGUAGCUGUAGGUGGUUACCUCAGACUCUGUUGAACCUUUCAGUGAAAUAUUUCUUCCUCAAAGCUCUGUCAUUUCAUGCAAGCAUUAAAAAGGGCUCCAAGGGAUCUGGAAGCUGUAGUACUCCCAUACCUCUCUCCCAUGGCUCCAUUAUGCCACUGUCACCUCCUUGGAGGUGCUUUAUCUGUUCUCAAAAGCCUGUAGUGGAGGCUGAACAACUUCUGGAGGAAAUCUAGGGCUCUUUGGGUUUUUUGAUGUGUGUUUUUUUUGUGUGGCCAAUAUUUGCACAGAAGAUGUGGAUGGACAGUUUAUUUCCUUCAUCUCUGCAAGUCUACUGCUUGAAUGCAAUGCUCCAGCCUCUUCUUGUUUCUAGGUUAAACUCCUCCUAGAUUAUUAAGGAUCUCUGCUGAUGAGGAUUUCUUUUGCUGACCCAUUGUAUCCUGAAAUUUGGUGCUCAAAACUAGAAGUGGCCUUCUAGCAGAGAUCUUUUCAAAGUGGCUUAUAGAAGAAGGAUUUCUGUUUUGUACAUCUCAAUGUGAUGGUUUUGUUUUGGGUUGGUUUUUUUUUUUUUUUUUGGCAGCAAAUAAUUUUCAGUUUGGUCUGUGGUAGCCUCUUUUCUCUGAUUCUUACCCAUUUCCUAGUUCAGUCUGUUUCAGAAUCAGUCCCAGAAUGGUUGAGGUUGGAGGAACCUCUGGAGAUCAUCCAGUCUUCCUCCAGAGGAGGCUGCCCAGCACUGUGCCCAGUUUUGAGCAUCUCCACAGGUGGGACCUCUACAGCAUCUCUGGGCAACCUGUUACAAAGAAACUCAAGCCCACAUCUCACUCUUAACACCAAUACAUGAAAAAUAGUUACAGGCCUAUUGGCAGACCCUUUCACAACCACAUUAGUUAAUCCUUUAAUUACAACAGUGCAAUUUUAAUAACUAUUUUGUGUAAAGUGGAGGUUUUUUUCCCAACAAAAUUAGGUAUGCCCACACUAUAUUCUUUCAUCAGGAUCAGACUUCUCUGGUUUCCUGACAACAGCUGCCUUUAUUUUUGUACACAUGCACUGGGUAGAUCUUAGGACAUUGUCCUCAAAGCCAGAACCAACUUCUUAAAACUGGGGCUCAGAAGGAAACCAUGGAUUAAUUUAUUCUGCCAUAUGUCAGUUGCUAAUCCUGCAAUAUCUGAAUUUGUGUAAUUCUUCUUCCAAGACUUGGCUGGUAUCAAAGAGGCCGUGUUUCAGUUUUAAAGCAUCAGUUUCAAGUAUUUGCCAAGUCUUGUAGGGAACUGAGACACCGAGCUGUGGCUAACUAACAACUCUGUAAAUAUUUUAACAUUUUAUUUUUUGGCAAUAACAUAUACAAAAUGAAAAAUUGACAAAUUUCUUCUUCACAGGAGACCUUUAAAGAUCUUCUUCUACUUCAUGGAUUAAGCAGGGUUUUUUUAGCAACACUCCACAUGAAGGGCUAUGGUGCUUGUACCCAGUGCUGGAAGCUGACAGAGUGGGACCUACUCACCCCAGAAACAAUCAGGGGUAGUUUGUCCACUCAAGCUUCGAUCUGUUCAUAAGAUCCACUGCCUUGGUUGCUGCAGUGGUCAUGUUGGUGACUGUAGUCAGGAAAUUCUUUACUCAGAAGAUGGUGAGGCACUGGCACAGGUUGCCCAGAGAAGCUGUGGAUUCCCCGUCCCUGGAAGUGUUAAGGGUCCAGUUGGAUGGGCCUUGAGCAACCUGGUCUAACGGAAAGUGUCCUUGCCCAUGGUGGGUGGAUUGGAACCAGAUGAUCUUUAAGGUCCUUCCCAACCCAGUCCAGUCUGUGAUUCUGUGGUUCUAUAGGAUCUUCUCCAGUGCUGAAUUCUGCACCUGGCAGCCAGGAGGGACAUCUAUCCAGAGGGGCACCAGGCCGAGCAUCACCAGCUGGGCAAGGGGGGGGGGAUUGUCCUGCUCUGCUCGGGGCUGGGGCAGCCUCACCUCCAGUCCUGGGGGAGUUUUGGGUGCCACAAUAUAAAAAGACAUGAAGGUGUUGGACAGUGUCCAAAGGAGGCCAUGAGGAUGGUGAGGGGACUGGUGGGGAAGCCUUCUGACAAAUGGCUGAGGUCACUUGGUCUGUUCAGCCUGGAGAAGACUGAGGGGAGACCUCAUUGUGGUCUUCAGCACCCUCAUGACAGAAGAGAAGGGGCAGGCACUGCUCUCUUCACUCUGACAGGACCCAAGAGAAUGACAGGAAGAUGAAUCAGGGGAGGUUUAGGUGGGAUAUCAGGAAAAUGUUUUUCACCCAGGUGGUUGGACCCUAAACAGGCUCCCCAGGGCAGUGGUCACAGCACCAGCCCUGACAGAGUUCAAAAAGUGUUUAGACACUGCUCUCAGGCACGUGGUGUGACUCCUGGAGUGUCCUGUGCAGGGCCAAGAGUUAGACUCGAUGACCCCGAUGGGUCCCUUCCAACCCAGUAUAAAUUAUGAUUAAGAUCAGGAUCCUACUGCUGCUGCUUUCUUUAUCUAUCAGGCUGUUACUUCCCAACAUUUAUUUUACACAUAAUAAAAGACUAAUGCUUUGGAUGUGGUUGAUGGAGAAACUUGAUUUUGAUCUGCCUGUGUUCAUCCCUGAGCAUCACCGUCUUGCUCCCCCAACAUUUUUGAGUAAGAAGGAGAAUUGUGAUGAGUGUGGCGAUCAGAAACUGCUGCUAUGAGAAGAUGGGGCUAGCCUUGCCUCUGAAGUCUGCUACUAAUGUUUGCUUCUUUUCCUGCUGGAAUGUACUGGAGAAUCUGAGCACAAUUCUGAUGUGGUGCUAACUUUAGGAAGCACAUGAAUCCGGUGCUAACUUUAGGACUGAUCUGGUGCUAACUUUAGGAGACACACUGGUCUGGCUGAUUUUAACUGACCUAAGGAGACAUCUCCUUGCAUAGCUUGUGUCUAGCUACAGGUAUGUUCAUAUUGCCUAGACUGAGGAGGCUCCCUGCAAGGCUUCUUGGCUCUUUUAUAUGAAGGCAGAAUGAACUUGGAAGUAUUUUUAAAAAACACUAAACAUGCUUUUAGAAAGGAACGAAAGUCUUCCCCCAGGAAUGGAUGUAUUCAUGCUGAAGUCAAAAGAACUUCAGGCAUUGUGAGACAACACUUGUGAACUUCCUGUUCCUCAGGUUAUCUGAGAUGGUUUAAUGAUAUGUUAACCUGUGCUGAUGAAAGGGACUGAUGCUGAGUUGGCUUACUUAGUAAAGUCUUAGGAGACAGAGAACUUCUCUUCCUUGAUGGGUACAGCAAGCAGAGAUUUCAGUCAGACAAGGUCUGGUUCUGAUGUUCUGGUGACCAGAAGUUUAACUUUGAUUGCUCUGCUGCUGCUGUUCUCUUAAUUCUCUGAUGCUGUUACUUGCAAGAGGAAAAGAACAGCUUGGACUUUGAGGAACAAGAGGGGUGUUGUCCUUGUCCUGUUGUAGCAUUGCUGCCAGCUCUUUUUAGAAUCAUCUAUUUUCAAAACAAGUGCUGCAUGCCAGGCUUGCAGCAGCCCAGAGGAGGAGCAGGCAUCUCUCUUGAGGCAGUAGCCAGUGACUAAAACAAUUGGGGGGGGGGUCUUUGCUCUUGGAUAGUGGACCUCGAGGGCCUAUGUGAUGACAGACUUGCAAUAAAUUCUGUCUUAUUCAUCAUGCAAACAAAACUGAGAUCAGUCUAAAAUCUUCCUUAUUUUUCAUUAUCAUAAAUGAAUUUCAAGAGGACUACAAAUAAGGUACCAAGCUAAGUAAAUUGGUAGCUGUACUCAGUCCAUCAGGUUCCUAUGACCCCUUUUGUCUUCAGCUGUUGUUCUGUGAUGAAGAUGCUCACCACGUUCACAAAACAUCAAGAGCCUUUACAGGGGGGCAGAUAUGUCCCUGCAACUCAUUGCCUGAUGUGUAAUUUAUAACUGGAGACCUGUAGGGUUUUGUUUUCUCUCAAAGCUUUAGUGGUAUUUCAGUUUGUGACAAGAGCUGUAAUUAGGUUUUUAAACUUUUUAAACCUGUGAGAACUGUCUAGGUAACCAUCUGUCUUGUAACUGCAGUAAAGGCGUGCAUGCAACUUAAAAGCUGCAUCCCCUUAGAGUGGAUUCACUGAGGUCAGGUAUGGAGUUUUUGAUUUGUGACCAGAACACCUUCACUCAGUAUUGGAAUCUUGUCUUGGAAUUCUACAUUAUUAGUGUAUCUGCCAAGGACCUCUAAUACAAAAAGUUCUUAUUGUAUCACAGGUGAUGGAAAUACUUCCUCAAUAAAACCACCAAGAGAGAAGGUGGGUGGGACUUCUGGGCUAUGGCCACGCCUCUGCAGUGUAAUAUUUUUAUAUGGGAGACUACAAAAUCAUAUUAACAAGGCUCAGCAAUUACUCUCUUCUUUAGGUUUCUCUUUCCCUUCUCUUCACUGCCCUAAAGCUAAUAAGCCCUUUCAUUUACAGGUAUUUUUGCACUCUAAAAUAUAAGUUCAAUGCCUUUGGAGAUCAGUGUGCUGUGCAAUGUUUUCUGUCUCCCUGCAAUGCCAACUGUUUUUAUGUGGUAAAUGUAAUUGAAAACAUAGACUGGGUACUUUUCUUUCAUAAACCUCUGUCCUGGAGGUGUGCAAGACAACAAACACCUGUAAGACAGGUGUAUAAUCUGUGUGAGGGAGCUAGAUAUGCAUUGCAUGGCCUGAUUACAUGAAGAGCCAGUGUACCAACUGUUAGUGCUUUUGCUUUUACAGACUCAUCUGGAAACAGUUAUCUUGGAUAUUUUUUCUUGAAUGGACUUUAAUGUUUUCUAUUGUAAUCUUGUGAAUAUUUUAAUACACUUUUUUUUUCCCAUUA